AUGGAUGUUGAUGUGAUAAAAUCAUCAUCAUCAUCAGCACCAUCUGAUCAAAACCAGAUGGAGAUGAUGACCAUGAUGAUGAUGCAAAUGGACAAGCUUCCCGAUCAGUUCUGCGGGCCCUACUCAUGCGCUGCCCCGGAAAUGCCGGAGCUCGAAUUCUCAAAUGGAGGCGGCACCACCAUAUCAACCGCUCAUCCUCCUCCUCCAUCUCUCUUCCACAACCCUCAUCACCAUCACGUAGCUUCACCCACAUUGAUAAACCCACCCAUGACACCGCCGCCUCUCAUCCCCAACCUCAUCACCUCGUCAUCCUCGGCUUCUUCGUCCUCUUCGCCGCAUGCGAUGUUGGCCGAGAACAAGCGAAACUCGUCCAACAACAUGGCGGCGAUGCGGGAGAUGAUCUUCCGGAUCGCCGCGAUGCAGCCGAUACAAAUUGACCCGGAAUCGGUGAAGCCGCCGAAACGGAGGAACGUGAGGAUCUCCAAGGACCCCCAGAGCGUGGCGGCCAGGCACCGCCGGGAGCGCAUCAGCGAGCGGAUACGCAUUCUGCAGAGACUGGUGCCAGGUGGGACCAAGAUGGACACUGCUUCCAUGCUGGACGAGGCCAUUCACUACGUUAAGUUCUUGAAGAAGCAGGUCCAGUCGUUGGAGCAGGCCGGGGCCGGCGGCCGCCACAUACCCGGUGUCGGGUUUCCGGCGAGCACCAUGGGUGCUGGGGUUACUUACUCUUCUUUGGGGAUCAGAGCUUGCCAGUCUGCAGCUCAAAUCGGGGGUUGUAUGCAGAUGCUUAGGUGAGGACAUGAUGGAGGCAUUAAUACUCUAUGCAGAUGGGCGUAGUAUAAUUAAUCUAGAGUUGGUAAUUGCAUAAAUCAAUUAUAAUUUGAAUGAGAGUAAUGUAUUAAUUAAUUAUCGUGUAGUAGUGGUUCUGAUGGGUCUUGUAAUUUGUAAAGAGAAAAUGCACUGCUUCCUUCUUCACAGUGUAAUCUCUAGUUUCAAUCGUUGUGUUUUAGAGAUCUAAAUACAUCUUAAGUCUCAAG